GACGAACUGAAAACACACUGCACUCUAUCUGCAAGACUGCAGCCAGAAGCUGCUCGCUGUGCAACGGCAGAUAAGAGCGCAGCACUGAGAUUCCACUGAUCUCUCUGGCCUUUAUGAUGCAUCGUGCUUAUCAACCAGUACUGCCGUGCGGAAACAAAUACCUGCAAGAAAAAUGGGACAAAACAUAUUAUGAUGAACACAGAAAAAAGGUGAAGUCAGCAAAACCUAUGGUUAACACGACCACUCCACAAACAUAUGGCCAUCUUCAUCUAAAAAUGAAAAAGCUCAAGCUGGAAGAAGAACGUCUCUCUACUAUUGAACGUGACAACAGCAUGCUGCUGGAGAAGAUGUCUAACAUUAUGAGGACCAGGGGUCGAAUUGACAACAAAAAUGACUAUGAGAAUAAAAGCCUGAACAGAGAGAAAAGGCAGCAGGAGCUCCUCCGAGUGACCCGAGAGAACCACAACAUCCUGGAGCGGCUCUCGAGCUGCGGGCCUCAAUACAGCGUGAAGAGGUGGCAUGAGGACUGGCAGAGGAAUGAAAAAUACAUGGAAAACAUUGCCCGCUACCCCCGGAGCUGCGACAGUGCACGGCACAUCAAGAAUAAAUCCAGAGCAGCUGGGAAAACCAAUGAGCUGAACAAGCAUGAAUCACAAGAAAGAGGAGGUAAAGAGGGAGUAGAAGGCACUGGCAAUGAGGAAACCAAAGAGCGACCUGAAAACGAAGGCAAACGUGAAGAUGGGGACAAACCUGAAAAAGGGGACAAACAUGAGAAUGAGGACAAAAGUGAAAGCAAAGAUAAACAUGAAGACAAACAGGAAGAAGGGGACAAAUGUGAAAACAAAGUGAACAAGAAUGCAUCUCAGUGAGGCAACAUGAUACAAUACUGCUACACAGUAUGCAUGGAGCCUUGUAGUUAAUUUCAGUGCAAUAUCAUUUGGGUAUUUGAUCAAAGCCUUACGUACUGUAAUGUGAAGAGAAUGAAAGUAACAUUAACCAUAUGCAGUUUUACAUAAAUCUUGAACAAUAAUAAUAAUAAUAAUAAUAAUAAUAAUAAUAAUAAUAAUUGUAGAAAUGUGAGCAAUCCUAUUUGUUUGUUUUUUUGUUUGUUUGUUUGUUUGUUUGUUACUAACUUAUAUUAGAUUA